UUUCUUUUCCUUUUUUUUUUUUUUUUUUUUUUUUCUUCUAAUUCCUGAGGGGUGGUUGCUGCUUUUGCUACAUGACUUGCCAGCGCCGGAGCCUGCGGUCCAACUGCGCUGCUGCCGGAGCGCUCAGUGCCACCGCCGCCGCCCGCGCCGCCCGCGCCCCGCUCGGCACCCACCGGUCGCAGCCGCCCGCCGCGCCGCUGUCCCGCUCCCGCGCCGCCGCCGCCGCCGUUUCCCCCCCGACGACUGGGUGAUGCUGGACAUGGGAGAUAGGAAAGAGGUGAAAAUGAUCCCCAAGUCCUCGUUCAGCAUCAACAGCCUGGUGCCAGAGGCGGUCCAGAACGACAACCACCACGCGAGCCACGGCCACCACAACAGCCACCACCCCCAGCACCACCACCAUCACCACCAUCACCACCACCACCCGCCGCCGCCCGCCCCGCAACCGCCGCCGCCGCCGCAGCAGCAGCCGCCACCGCCGCCGCCGCCCCAGGCACCGCAGCCCCCCCAGGCGCGGGGCGCCCCGGCAGCCGACGACGACAAGGGCCCCCAGCAGCUGCUGCUCCCGCCGCCGCCGCCGCCGCCGCCGCCGGCCGCCGCCCUGGACGGGGCCAAAGCGGACGGGCUGGGCGGCAAGGGCGAGCCGGGCGGCGGGCCCGGGGAGCUGGCGCCCGUCGGGCCGGACGAGAAGGAGAAGGGCGCCGGCGCCGGGGGGGAGGAGAAGAAGGGGGCGGGCGAGGGCGGCAAGGACGGGGAGGGGGGCAAGGAGGGCGAGAAGAAGAACGGCAAGUACGAGAAGCCGCCGUUCAGCUACAACGCGCUCAUCAUGAUGGCCAUCCGGCAGAGCCCGGAGAAGCGGCUCACGCUCAACGGCAUCUACGAGUUCAUCAUGAAGAACUUCCCCUACUACCGCGAGAACAAGCAGGGCUGGCAGAACUCCAUCCGCCACAACCUGUCCCUCAACAAGUGCUUCGUGAAGGUGCCCCGCCACUACGACGACCCGGGCAAGGGCAACUACUGGAUGCUGGACCCGUCGAGCGACGACGUGUUCAUCGGCGGCACCACGGGCAAGCUGCGGCGCCGCUCCACCACGUCGCGGGCCAAGCUGGCCUUCAAGCGCGGGGCGCGCCUCACCUCCACCGGCCUCACCUUCAUGGACCGCGCCGGCUCCCUCUACUGGCCCAUGUCGCCCUUCCUGUCCCUGCACCACCCCCGCGCCAGCAGCACUUUGAGUUACAAUGGCACCACGUCGGCCUACCCCAGCCACCCCAUGCCCUACAGCUCCGUGUUGACUCAGAACUCGCUGGGCAACAACCACUCGUUCUCCACGGCCAACGGCCUGAGCGUGGACCGGCUGGUCAACGGGGAGAUCCCGUACGCCACGCACCACCUCACGGCCGCCGCCCUCGCUGCCUCGGUGCCCUGCGGCCUGUCGGUGCCCUGCUCCGGGACCUACUCCCUCAACCCUUGCUCCGUCAACCUGCUCGCGGGCCAGACCAGUUACUUUUUCCCCCACGUCCCGCACCCGUCAAUGACUUCGCAGAGCAGCACGUCCAUGAGCGCCCGGGCCGCGUCGUCCUCCACAUCUCCGCAGGCCCCCUCGACCCUGCCCUGUGAGUCUUUAAGACCCUCUUUGCCAAGUUUCACGACGGGACUGUCCGGGGGACUGUCUGAUUAUUUCACACAUCAAAAUCAGGGGUCUUCUUCCAACCCUUUAAUACAUUAACAUCCCUGGGACCAGACUGUAAGUGAACGUUUUACACACAUUUGCAUUGUAAAUGAUAAUUAAAAAAUAAGUCCAGGUAUUUUUUAUUAAGCCCCCACCCCCCCCCCAUUUCUGUACGUUUGUUCAGUCUUUAGGAUUGUUUAUUAUUCUAACAAGGUGUGGAGUGUCAGCGAGGUGCAAUGUGGGGAGAAUACAUUGUAGAAUAUAAGGUUUGGAAGUCAAAAUUAUAGUAGAACGUGUAUCUAAAUAGUGACUGCUUUGCCAUUUCAUUCAAACCUGACAAGUCUAUCUCUAAGAGCCGCCAGAUUUCCAUGUGUGCAGUAUUAUAAGUUAUCAUGGAUCUUUAUGGUGGACGCAGACCUUGAGAACAACCUAAAUUAUGGGGAGAGUUUUAAAAUGUUAAACUGUAAUUUGUAUUUAAGAAGCAUUCGUAGUAAAGGUGCCCAAGAAAUUAUUUUGGCCAUUUAUUGUUUUGUCCUUUUCUUUAAAAAACUGUUUUUUUUUCUUUUGUUUACUUUUAGACCAAAGAUUGGGUUCUAAAAUGCACUUGGUAUGCUAAGUAUUAAAAAACAAAACAAAAAAAAAAAAACAAAAAAAACAAAAAAAAAAGGAAAGUUGUUUCAGUUGGCAGCACUGCCCAUUCAAAUGAAUCGGAAGGGGACAAAAUUAAUGAUUGCCUUCAGUUUGUGUUGUGUAUAUUUUGAUGUAUGUGGUCACUAACAGGUCACUUUUAUUUUUUCUAAAUGUAGUGAAAUGUUAAUACCUAUUGUACUUAUAGGUAAAACCUUGCAAAUAUGUAACCUGUGUUGCGCAAAUGCCGCAUCAAUUUGAGUGAUUGUUAAUGUUGUCUUAAAAUUUCUUGAUUGUGAUACUGUGGUCAUAUGCCCGUGUUUGUCACUUACAAAAAUGUUUACUAUGAACACACAGAAAUAAAAAAUAGGCUAAAUUCAUA